GAUUUAACAUCCUGUUAUGUUUGAAAAUCUGUGUCUGCGUGUCACGGUAUUCAAGCUUCAGUUUGAGGAAAAGACUUUGGAAGUUGGUCAAUACCUGAGGUGUUCCCAAAGAACAUGCACUCCACGAAGUCACCGUACACGGCCCUAAGCACCAAAGGGCUUGAAGUGCACGACCAUGAAGGUAACUACCCUCCAGGAGUGACUUUUGACUAUCGCCCAGAGCAGAUGUAUGCACACAGUCGUCACAAUGGAGUUGUGGUGACUCAGCCCAGAACUGUUGUUGUUGAUGGAGGAAGAGCUCCUCCGGAUUACUGUUGGUUGUCAUGUUGCUCUUUCUUCUUCUGUUGGCCGCUGGCGAUACUCGCAGCCAGUAAAUCCCGCGACUUACAGAGACAUCUCACAGUAGGUCUGUGUCUCAUACAGACCAGCACCAAACAUCUUCAGUCCCAUGGAAGCAACCACGCCUGA